AUGUCCAGCCACAAAGAUGGCAAGAAGAAACCCCUGAAACAGCCCAGAAAGCAGGCCAAGGAGAUAUACAAGGAAGGCAAGGCUUUCAAGUAGACACAAAAAGAGGACCAGAAGAAACUAGGGAAGGGGCCCCUGGCCACAGGUGGAAUUAAGAAAUCUGGCAAAAAGUAA